CCCAACCACCCGGUAGACACCAGCUUCCCGGCUACGACACAUCUUCUUCACAACUACUCUUCCCCUCCUAUCCUGUCAUUUCUCUGGCCAAGAAAAAAAGUUCACCAUGGAUACUCAAACGCAACUUGACAUCGCCAAGCUCAAUGAUGCCGACAGAAAAGAAUUGACCCAAUACCUCGCAAACGAGGCACAGAAGUCCAACAUCCAGCAAACUGUUCAUGGCCUGGCCGAUAUUUGUUGGAAAAAGUGCAUCACCGGAAAGAUCUCGUCGGGCCGCCUAGAUCAGCCUGAGGAAGCCUGUGCGCAAAACUGCGUGGAACGAUGGAUGGAUACGAACUUUGCUGUUUUGAAGCAUCUCGAAACCUUGCGGGGACAAUGAAAGCUUCGUGUUCGGGGUACUAAUAUGUAUACAAUUGCCUUUCGAGCUCGCUUUCUCUAGACACUCUUGGUCUGUUGUGUUGGUUUCCCCAAUCCUCCACUCACGUGGAUCGAGACCUUUCCUGGACAGGAAUCCAAAAUCGCUUUAUCUAGGCCAUAACAAGGAAUCGAAACUCUCAAGUAGG